AUGACUUCUGAAAGGAAAGAGUUGUACGACUUAAAAUAGCGUUGUAAUAAUCAAUUUUCCGUAGGUCGAAAAACUGGUUUGCAAAAGCCAAACAUUAUACUAGAGCCAAGCUAAAAAAUAGAAAACAAAAAUUCGCAAAAAAUCCGCGCUCUAUUCGCAGCGCCUCGAUUGACACAUGAAAACGCAAGAAACCCGAGAUCAUCAUAUCAAAAAUCAACAAAAAGUUUAUCAAAGCGAUCGUAGGCCUUCGCGGAAAAUACAGAGUCGAGGGGUCACACUUCUGGCAUUCAGUCUUAUUUUCGUGGCAGGAGAGAGCAGAGAUUGGUGUGUUAUUUUUUCUUUUUUUUUGUUUGUCGUCUCAUCUGACCAUCUGACGUCUGCUCAGGUCUACAACAGGGUUCAGUGUUGCAUACUCCACAAAGGUAUUUUUUUGGGUUGCUUAAUAUUUUAGUUUUUUUAUAAGUGAACAAUAUGGCCGUCUACACAUCUAUUGGGCCUUGAAAUUUUGAAACAGGAGAAUUUCCUGAGAAUAGAUAGGAGAAUUUUUUAUUGUUAGUUUGAGGCGUAGUAACAGCCAGCGUUUAUCGCGAUCAAUGGUUUCUCUUGGACUUAGGUAGCAAGGGGCGGAUGACGUAAUUCUAAAAAUUUCCCGAAGAACGGAUAAAAGAGGAGGAGACAAAGGUAACGGUGAAUGACUCAUAUGUUAACAAAGUCUCUCUCUUGCGCUCUCACGUUGAAAUUGUCUCUUUAACAAACGUUCUAUGAGAACUGAUUAGAAUUUUUACUUAUUAUUUUCAAUAACUCUCCUUUUUCAGAUGAGUGUGUUCUCCAAUUUAUUCAGCAAGAAGAAAGAGGUCACCCCAUCAACUCAAGAUGCUCUCCAAACCCUUAGAAACACUGAGGAGAUGCUUCUAAAGAAGCAGGAGUAUAUUGAAAACAAGAUUGAACAGGUAACGUAUAAUUCUGUGUAUCUUUUAGUCCAAUUUAGGAAUUAAAAACUGCGCGGCAGCAUGGUACCAAGAAUAAACGGUUGGCUCUUCAAGCUCUGCGCAACAAGAAAAAGUUAGAGAAACAACAAGAAAUGAAUGAUGGAAUGUUGAACAGAAUUCAGCAUCAGAAGGAAACACUCGAGAAUGCUGCAACGAAUGCCGAAGUUUUGCAAGUUCUGGCUGGAUCAGCUAAGGCUCUCAAGGGAGCUCAUAACAAUAUGGAUGUGGAUAAGGUUCAUGAUCUUAUGGAAGACAUUGCUGAACAACAAGAAGUUGCGAACGAGAUCGCUGAUGCCAUCUCCAGUAAUGUUGGAACCGCUGAGUUUGAUGAAGAUGAACUUUUGGCCGAAUUGGAAGCUUUGGAAGAGGUAAGCUAAUUUGAAUAGCAUGUAUUUUAAAAUGGUUGUGUAAUUCUUGCUAUUUAUAGGAGGAUCUCGAUAAACAACUUCUGGCAGCCGGUCCCGCCCCAGUUGCAGAUGUUCCCUUGCCCGUUGCCCCAACCGAUGCCCUUCCAAAGGCUAAAGGAAAGUCAAAAGAAGAAGAUGAGAUGGCUCAACUCCAAGCGUGGGCAGAUUCAUAA